AAUUAUAAUCAUUUUUAUAUUUUGGUUUACAUGUCGUUUUAUCCUAAUCUCUUCUUACCAAAAAUUCAGUCUUUUUCUCUCUCUUCUUUCCUUAAAUUGAAAUCCAAACAAUACUUUCCUACCCCCCAUUCUCCCCUCUUAUUUUUCUAUUCCCCCUUUUACCCAUCACUUUCAUCUCUAUUUACAUCCUUGCCACUCUUUCUCUCUCCUCUUUCUUCUUCAAAUAUUUAUUUCUCUCUCCUCUUUCUCUCUCUCUUAAUGUUAGCUCAUUCAGACUCCAAACAGUUCUUCUGUUCAAAGCAUUCAAAUUCAAAUAACUUGAUCUUCAAACUAUAUGUAUUUUCCAGAAACUUCUUGUAUUUAUUCUAGUGAUUCAGUUUUAAUUUAUUGUUCAUCUCAAGUUUCUGCUAAAACGCUCAAUUCAUCAGUUAUUCAGCUGAUUGAACUGCGACAUUUUCAGCGUUUUGGCUUUGUUGCAGAUCUCUGAGUUUGAUUAGCAGUUUGUGGAAAUCUGAGGUUGUGAUUUUGCAGUUUGAUUGGUGUAAUUUCUGGUAAGAUUGAUGAGAAAUUAGGGAUUAUAUAUUUGUUGUCGUUGAGCUUCGUAAUUUGUGCUAGGGUUUUUGAGAAGUUGAAUAUUUGCGAUGAAUCGGAGUUUUAGAGGUCCUGAAACGCUAAUGCCGUCGAUUAGACCUAGGGUUCCGCAGCUGAAGAGUCACCAUUCUUCGACUACGAUGAGAGAGAAAGAAGACGACCUCGCAUUGUUUCUUGAAAUGCGAAAACGUGAGAAGGAGAAAAACGAUCUUAUGCUACUUCAAGAUUCUGGUGAAUUGGAUGAAUCUUUAGUGUCGCAACCGGGAAGUUCACCGUUGUUCAAUAUUCCGUCUGCCACGGCGGUGAGGAAGACGGGCCCUGAUGAGUUUUUAAAUUCGGAUGGUGAUAAGAAUGAUUAUGACUGGCUUCUGACCCCUCCUGGUACACCUCUCUUCCCUUCACUGGAGAUGGAGUCAAGAAAGGCCUACAUGGAUGACGCAGAAGCUCCAAAAGCUCAACCUACCGCACUGAGAUCAAGAUUGGGAAACUCCCAGACAGAGACUACAGGGAGGAGCAGCUUGAUGCCAAGGCAGCCAAAUGCAUCCUCUGGGUUGACAUCUUCAGCUUCAGGAAUUCGGAGGCCUUCCUCAUCAGGGGGCCCAGGGUCAAGGCCACCUUCAUCAGGGGGUCCAGGGUCUAGGCCCCCCUCAUCAGGUGGUCUAGGUUCAAGACCAGUGACACCAGGGGGUGGAUCUAGACCUGCGACGCCAACUGGCCGGCCUACAGUGACGUCUUCUAAACCUUCAAGAUCAUCUACACCAACUUCUCGGGGCACACUUUCUUCUUCUAAGCCCUCACUACACUCCUCUUCCCCCAAGCCCUCUGUUUCAUUGACAUCAGCUCGAUCCACAGCUUCUGUGACAUCCACUAAGUCUGCAGGUCCAUCAAGAUCCUCGACCCCAACAAGAUCCACAAGGACUUCAGCUCCAUCAGCUGGGCCAUCAAGAUCUUCCACUCCUACUAGGCCCACCGCUAGAUCUUCAACUCCAACGAGGCCUACUGCCAGAUCUUCAACCCCAACGGCUCGACCUGCAGUUCCUACAUCCCGACCUACAUCCAGGGCAUCAACUCCAACUCGCCGUACGUCGUCGUCAAGUGUUGCCAGUGUUACCGCAUCUCUUAACAAGUCAUCUUCUUCGAUUAGUAGUAAGUCGGUGGGUUCAGCACCAUCUAGGAAUACUGUGCCUUCGCGUGGUACAUCUCCAACUGUUAGAUCUCGGCCAUGGAAUCCAUCUGAGAUGCCUGGUUUUUCAUUAGAUGCUCCGCCAAAUCUGAGGACCACUCUCCCUGAUAGACCCCUUUCAGCUGCUCGGGGUAGACCUGCAGCCCCCGCUGCACGUUCUGCUUCUAUGGAGCCUGCCAGUAAUGGAAGGGUAGGCAGACGUCAGUCUUGUUCACCUUCUAGAGGGCGGGCCCCUAAUGGUGGCAUACACUCUAGUGGAAGUUCUGUCCCUGCGGUGAAUCGAGGACAUUCCAAAGUAAAUGAAGAUGUGAGUCCCGUAGUUAUUGGGACAAAGAUGGUUGAGAGGGUGAUUAACAUGAGAAAGUUGGCACCACCAAGGCAGGAUGACAAACAUUCUCCUGGCUUAUCUGGAAAGUCGGGUUCAUCACCUGAUAGCUCUGGCUUUGGACGGUCACUUUCUAAGAAGUCCUUGGAUAUGGCUAUACGGCAUAUGGAUAUAAGGCGAACUAUCCCUGGUAACUUGCGGCCAUUGAUGACAAAAAUUCCAGCUUCUUCUAUGUACAGUGUGAGAUCAGGGCCUACGGGAAGCAGGACUGCUAGUGUUUCUGAUUCACCCCUUGCCACAAGCAGCAAUGCCAGUUCCGAGCUCAGUGUUAAUAACCAUGCUGGACAUGGUAGCGAAUUGGAAGAAGACCUUAUCAGCGAUCGGGGUGGUCAUGCUUCACCUACCAUACAUGAUAGGUGACAUUCUGACAAUGUGUUCCCAAAAAUCUUCAAAUGCAUUUCUUUGUCUGGCGGUUUUGGAUUUCAUCAGCAAAUCUAGGGGAAUUCAGAAACAAAGUGGUUACUUAACGGAUUUGCAGGCUGUUGUGAUGUAUGUGUGUAAAGUUAUCAAGCAUCUGCAAAAUUUAAUUUUAUAAUUUAACGGCCCUUGUACUAUUAUAACUUAUUAGCUGAAUUAUCCUUGUAGCUGACUUUUCGGAUAUCUUGUCAUCUACUGAUAUAUUGGUAUGCUAACAAUGAAGAUCAUUGAUUCACCACAACAGUUGCUGUAGAUUGUGUAAGCUUGAAGACUGAGACUUGUAUGACCAAAUGCACCUACCACGACACUGCAAGCGGCUCCAAAGGCAAGAAGGGAAAUGUUAAAAAGGGGUUGAGUUUUCUUAGCGAUUACCCUUUUUUUUAUUGGAGAGAGUACAUAGUAGAACAAAACAUUUUUCUUGUAGUGGUUUGCUUCAUUGUUCUGUUAAACUAAAACGAAAAAUGCACACGUGUCUUAAAAAGUUUGCCUCA